CUGUCCCCUCCCGCAGGCCAUCGUGUGGGACGAGUACCUGACCGGCCCCUUCGGGCUCAUCGCGCAGUACUCGCUGCUCAAGGAACAUGAGGUGGAGAAGAUGUUCACGCUCAAGCCAGGCCGGCUACCCCCGGCCGACGUCAAGAACAUCAUCUUCUUYGUCAGGCCCAAGCUGGAGCUGAUGGACAUCAUCACGGACAAUGUGCUCAGGGAAGACAGAGGCCGCUCUCCGCAGAGAGACUUCCACAUCCUGUUUGUGCCACGCCGCAGCCUCCUCUGCGAGCAGUGGCUGAAGGAGCAGGGCGUGCUGGGCUCCUUCAUCCACCGYGAGCAGUACAGCCUGGACCUGAUCCCCUUCGAUGGAGAUCUGCUCUCCAUGGAGUCCGAGAGCGCCUUCAAGGAAUGUUACCUGGAGAGUGACCAGACCAGUCUGUACCAUGCAGCAAAGGGGCUGAUGACGCUGCAGGCUCUCUACGGAACCAUCCCGCAGAUUUUUGGGAAGGGCGACUGUGCUCGGCACGUGGCCAACAUGAUGAUCAGGAUGAAGCGUGAGUUCCCUGGGAGCCAGAAUUCCAUAUUUCCUGUUUUUGAUACCCUCCUGUUGCUGGACCGCAAUGUGGACCUGCUGACGCCGCUGGCCACGCAGCUGACGUACGAGGGACUGAUAGAUGAGAUCUAUGGGAUUCAGAACACUUAUGUGAAACUCCCUCCUGAGAAGUUUGCUCCGAAGAAGCAGGGUGAGGGUGGGAAAGAUCUCCCCACGGAACCCAAGAAGCUCCAGCUGAACUCUGCAGAAGAGCUUUACGCCGAAAUCCGAGACAAGAAUUUCAACGCUGUGGGCUCAGUGCUGAGCAAGAAAGCCAAGAUUAUCUCAGCAGCCUUUGAGGAAAGGCACCACGCCAAGACUGUUGGAGAGAUUAAGCAGUUUGUGUCCCAGCUGCCUCACAUGCAGGCGGCGAGGAGCUCGCUGGCCAACCACACCUCCAUCGCAGAGCUCAUCAAAGACAUCACCACAUCUGAAGAUUUCUUUGAUAAUUUAACAGUGGAGCAAGAGUUCAUGUCUGGAAUAGACACAGACAAGGUUAACAAUUACAUUGAAGACUGCAUAGCUCAAAAACAUCCUUUAAUCAAGAUCUUGCGUCUCGUUUGCYUGCAAUCCGUGUGCAACAGUGGGCUGAAGCAGAAGGUUCUGGACCAUUACAAAAGAGAGAUUCUCCAGACUUACGGCUAUGAACAUAUAUUGACCUUAAACAAUUUGGAAAAGGCUGGACUCCUGAAGCCCCAGACAGGUGGCAGGAAUAACUACCCAACAAUCAGGAAAACRCUGCGUUUGUGGAUGGAUGAUGUUAAUGAACAGAAUCCCAAUGACAUCUCAUACGUGUACAGUGGCUACGCCCCGCUGAGCGUGCGCCUGGCCCAGCUGCUGGCCCGGCCGGGCUGGCGCAGCAUCGAGGAGGUUUUAAAGAUGCUGCCAGGGCCCCAUUUUGAGGAGAGGCAGCAGCUACCCACAGGCCUUCAGAAAAAGCGUCAGCACGGUGAGAACAGAGUCACCCUGGUGUUCUUCCUGGGAGGUGUCACCUAUGCAGAAAUCGCCGCGCUGAGAUUUCUGUCCCAGAUGGAGGAUGGAGGCACAGAGUACGUCAUUGCCACUACAAAACUGAUCAAUGGAACAACCUGGAUCAAAUCCUUGAUGGAAAAACUGGAGCCCGCCCCKUUCUAGGGUGUGUGGUGAGAGACUGUCAAUGUGAGAGGCCCUGUGUGACACAGGCACGUCAGCUGCUGCUCCUGGCAUGGCUGCUCCGGCGGAGGAACACGGCACUGAAGGAAACUCUCCUGAGAGCAGCCUGUGAUCCAGUUACCUUCAUCCCUUCUGCACUUGUGUUCCAGCUGUCUGUGGAACUUCCAAGUAGACAASCAGGCUUGGAAUGCAGUGGGAAACAAUGGGAAAGAGAGAUCCCUGAUCAUGGUCUGACCUGGCAGCCAAGCGCUGGGGGAAYGGGCCCUGGUUUUUCUCUUUGGCAAAUGGCUGCUUUUUUUUUUCCGUUUAGCUUUGGUGGAAGAUGGGAUUAUUGCUUUUUACCCUCCUAAGGUGCUGAGGAGGAUGUUUUCUAUUCCUGACUUCAUACCAAUACUCCCAGACUGUUUGUCUCUCUGUGGUGCCCGAUACAUUCCAUGGAUGCAAUCUGUACACAGCUACACCUGUAAUCCUUAAGCAUUUUACUUCACUUGUUCCGUGAAGGGAUUGUGGUGAGGGGAUUUGUUUGUCCUAGGUACACUCACCUGACUCUGGAAAGCUCCUCCAGAGUCUGAAUUACAUCAGUGUGUCCUGAGCUUAUGGUUGAAGACACACAAACACUCCCUGUGUGGGACUUGGGCCCAAAAUAGCAAGARCAGUAAACAGUGGGUUUAAAACAGACACUUUUUUCACCCCCCUGCUCAGGUUAUAAACUSUGGUACUUGCUGUCACAAGCUGCUGUAGAGCUCAGACUUGUAAAAUGGAAUUUUCCAUGGCUUGGUGUCUGGGUCCUUGGUGUGCAAGGGGCAGCUGCUGGCUCCAGAGGUGCCACUGGUGAYUUCCACACUGCAGUUCACUCUGAAAUGGUUAAAGACAAUUAAAAAAAAGCCUGCUCCUCCCCUUAAAUCACACUCUUAAAUCACUGUCAAACAUUUCGGCUUUAGUUAUUAUGCAUAUGUCCCAAUAAAAGUUUCAGUUUUUCCAAGUUGUCACAGUUGUGACUGUGGGGUUUGAUCCAUUGUUUUAUUUUCUAAGACUGAGUUCUGCCAAGUCAGACCCUCCAUGGAGCCCCUCUGUCUGUUUAACUCCAGCUGGCAUAUUAUAAUAAAAUAAAAUAUGUAUUUAAUCUUUUUUUUGGAAGUGUUUACACUCUCUCUCUCUCUGGAAUACAAAAAUAAACAAAAUAAAUCCCUGCACUGUGGCAGCUGUAUCCUUGUCUCCUUGACCCAGGAUAACUGAAUAGCUGAAUUACUGAAGUUGAAACGUAUUUUUCUAACAUCCAGGUGGUUUUUAAUUAGGGCUCAUGCAAAAUUUGAUUCUGUUCUGCCACYUCACAUACUACAUCAGAAAUAUUUGUGGGAUUUCUUGACUUUUAAAGAAAAAUAUUAUUUCAGUCAAUGGAGACUUUCUAUUUCAGGUGGGGAGACAAUUUGCAGACAGACUU